AUGUCGGGACUCAGCCACUUAGAGUCAGAGGGCUGCCGAAACCUACUCUGCAUGCUGAACAAUGAGAUCAUGGCCCUUUUCGACACCGUCACCAUCACCAACUGCCUGGUGCAGCCUGUGGACCGCCAAGAUGCUAUUUGUGCAAUAUUAGUGGGUAGCCAAAAUGUAGAAGAACUUCUGUGGCUCAAGAAAGUCCACCGAGAAGUCAUAUUUAGGUAUUUGGUAACACAAGUGGUGGUUGUACCUCCAACUGCUGAAAAACACAAUCUUAUUCAGUAUGCAAAAGAUUACUGGGAAAAGCAGUCACCCAAACUGAAGGAGGCGGCAGAGCCGGUUGCAAAGACAGAGGACAUCCAACUCUUUGAGCAGCAGGUGAAGGAAGAUAAAGAAGCUGAAAAGGUUGAUUUUUGUCACUUAGGAGAAGAAUUCCGUCACUGGUUCUUUGAACUUCUUAAUUCUCAGAAUCCUUUUCUGGGACCACCUCAAGAUGAAUGGGGCCCACAAUACUUCUGGCAUGAUGUCAAGCUUAGGUUUUAUUAUAACACCUCAGAACAAAACAUGACAGACUACCAAGGAGCAGAAAUUAUGAGUCUUCACUUGCUGUCAUUAGUGAAAGAGGAAUUUCUUUUUCUCAGUCCUAACCUUGAUUCCCAAGGAUUAAAAUGUGCGUCUUCUCGUGGAUUAGUUAUGGUUGGAGUUGCAGGCACUGUCCACCGGGGAAAUUCUUGUUUGGGCAUAUUUGAACAAAUUUUUGGACUUAUCCAUAGCCCUUUUUUGGAAAGUACUUGGAAAAUCAAAUUUAUCAACCUGAGAAUUGUUGGAGGAAGUUCCCUUGCUCCUGGAUCAUCAGUAAAACCAUCUGUAACAUUUGAGCAGAGUGAUCUGGAGGCCUUUUAUAAUGUAAUCACUUUGUGUAAUAGCCCUGAAGUAAGACCUAAUGUAAGGCAGGUAUUGGAUAGUGGGACUGGAGACCAGGUUUUACAUAGUACAGAUGAGGCAUUGUUGAACAAAAGGGAAAUGAAUUUGCCUAACCCUCUAAAGCACUGA